AUGCAGCUGCUGCAGAGCCCCGUAGCCUUGCCCCUUCGACGCUGUCUGCGGCCUUGGGGUGAUGGGCCUGGACCUGGAGGCAAGGGCCCUGGGGAGCAGACGCGGAGGAGAUGGAGGCAAGAGGCCCAGAACCCCUGUGAGGAGGCAGUGGUGGCCCAGGCACGUCUGUGGGAUAUGCCGGCACUGGCCCCAGACGCCCGGGGGCCCUCGCAAGUGCUGAGCCCUCCCGGGGUCAGGCUGCAUGACUCAGCAGGACAGGCCAAGGUGAGCUCAGUGACUCCGCAGGACAGGCCAAGAAGCCACCUUCUUGCAGAGCUGGCUGCUAACAAACCCUCGUUGGGGGCUUCACCCCCCUCCCAGACGAGCACCAUCACCCUGGGAGACCUGGGGCUCCCCCUUGAGGAAGGACCGGCCAGUCCCGAGCUCUUGAGUCUGGAGGAGAUCUCCAAGAGGUAUGAGUCCAGCCACCUGGCGUCCACUGUCUCCAUCCCAGAGCGGGACUCCCCCAAGCACUGGACGCAGCUGGAGCAGUGGGUGGCCGACCUGCAGGCCGAGGUGGCGUCUCUGCGGGGUCACAAGGACUGCUGUGAGCGAGCAAUGCUGACCCUGCUUCGGGACAUGCUCCAGCUGCGUACCUGCAUGCAGCUGCAGGACGCAGAGCUCAAGAGGCUGCAGCAGGACCUACGGCAGGCAGCUCGGGCCCCGGAGAAGGAGGCCCUCAAGUUCCCCAGCCCCCAGAACCAGAACCAGAUGCAGGCACUGGACAAGAGGCUGGUGGAGGUCCGGGAGGCCCUGACCCAGAUCCGGAGGAAGCAGGCGCUCCAGGACUCUGAGCGGAAGGACACCGAGCAGGACGCCAACCUCAGGCUGGCCGAGCUGGCCGGGAAGCUGGAGCAGGAGGGACAGUUCCGGGAAGCGGCCUGCAGUGCCCUGCAGAAGAGCCAAGAGGACGCGAGCCAGAGGAUGGACCGUGAGGUGGCCAAGAUGCAGGCCCAGGUGACCAAGCUCGGUGAGGAGAUGAGCCUCCGCUUCCUCAAGAGGGAGGCCAAGCUGUGUGGCUUCCUGCAGAAGAGCUUCCUGGCCCUGGAGAAGAGAAUGAAGGCAUCAGAGAGCACCCGGCUGAAGGCGGAGAGCAGCUUGCGGGGUGAGCUGGAGAGCCGGUGGCAGAGGCUGCAGGAGCGGGCCGAGGAGCGCAUGCAGGCCCUACAGGGGCAGCACGAGGAAGAAUGCCACCUCCUGGAGCAGUGCCGGGGCCUGGACCAGGCCGUGAUCCAGCUGACCAAGAUCGUGCGGCAGAACCAGGUGUCGCUGAACCGGAUCCUCCUGGCCGAGCAGAAGGCCUGGGACAGCAAGGGGCACCUGGAGGAGAGCCAGGCCAGGGAGCUGGCCGCCUUCCUGCAGGAGAGCCUGGAGGCCGGCCAGCUGGCACAGCAGGAGGCCCACAGCACGCUGGAGCUGCUUCAAGAGAAGAGCCAGGCCCUGGAGGUGUCGCUGGCCGAGCUGGGGAAGCAGGUAAAGGACCUGAGUGACCACUUCGUGGCCCUGAGCUGGAGACUGGAUCUGCAGGAGCAGAUGCUGAGUCUGCGGCUAAGCGAGGCACAGAGAAAGUGGGAAGGCUCAGAGCAGAAAUCGCUGGAGGGCCUGGCCCAGAGUCAGAAGGAGGCCGAGGCGUGCCUGAGGGAGGUGCGGGAGCGAGUGGACAGCCUGCCCCAGCAGAUAGAGGCCAUCUCUGACAAGUGCAUCCUGCACAAGAGCGACUCAGACCUCAAGAUCUCAGCUGAGGGCAGAGCCAGAGAGUUCGAGGUCGGGGCCGUGCGGCAGGAACUUGCCACUCUGCUUUCGUCCAUGCAGCUGCUCAGGGAGGGCAACCCCGGGCGGAAGAUUGCCGAGAUCCAGGGCAAGCUGGCUACGUUCCAGAACCAAAUAAUGAAAUUGGAAAACAGCAUGCAGGACAACAAAACCAUCCAGAACCUCAAGUUUAAUACAGAAACCAAGCUGCGCAUGGAGGAGACGGCCAGCCUGCGUGAGAGCAUCAUGCGCCUACAGAGUGAGGAGGGCCCGUGGGCCCUGCGAUUGGGCAGCAGGAGGGUCCUCAUGUCCCUGGGGAAGCAGCAGUUCUUUGUCAAGGAUGCGGCCCCCGGAGAGGUGGUCCCCGUGAACCGCUGGGGCGUGUAUCAGGCCGUGAGGUGGCUGCAGUGGAAGGCGGCCCUCAUGAACCUGGGGGUCCGGUGGAGGCCACGCGCAUUCCUGGAGAAGUCCUUCCGCCAAGAGGCUGCCUAA